GCCUAAUAUUUCUUGUCUGUCAUAUGUACGAUUCUCUCCAUAUUGCUGGAAAACAAAGUCAUGAUUUAGGAGUGUGGUCAAUAUAUAGAGAUUUGUUUACUUGUUUCCAAAAGGGUGAACAAUGUUUGGCAAGUCUACAUUCGGAACAACAGGUUCUACUUUUGGUAGUACUGGAGGCUCUUUGUUCGGUCAAAACAAACCAACAACGAAUCUUUUUGGCCAGCAAAGCACACCAGCUCAAAGUUCAUUAUUCGGUCAGAAGUCAACAACGAAUUUAUUCGGCCAAAACACCGCGUCUACUGGCUCUUCAAUAUUCGGUUCUUCAAAUACAGCUUCAAGUACGGGUACGUCAUUAUUUGGUCAGUCUAAACCAUCGCUUUUUGGUGGGACGUCCACCACCGGAGGUACUUCACUUUUUGGCAGUUCUGCAACUUCUACAGGAGGUGGCUUGUUUGGAUCCACUACUUCAAAUGUCAAUGGAACUACUAUCAAAUUUGAACCUCUCAUAUCUUCGGAUACAAUGAUGAAAAAUGGAUCACAAACAACGAUUAGCACCAAGCACAUGUGCAUCACUGCCAUGAAAGCCUAUGAAGGCAAAAGUUUAGAGGAGCUACGUAUUGACGACUAUAUCGCUAAUCGUAAAACCCCGACAGCAGGCGGUGGACUUUUUGGUAGUUCUACGGGAACGACUGGCACAAGCAUAUUUGGAAGUACUGCAGCAAAGCCAUCCCUAUUUGGAUCAUCAACUAGCACAUCAUCACCAUUUGGAGCUACUCAGGGCACGUCCUUGUUUGGGCAAAACAAUAAUGCAACACAAGGAUCGUCGUUGUUUGGCAGCAAGCCCACUGGCAGUAUCUUUGGCUCACCGGCCACAUCAACAGCUUCGACCGGAUUUGGAACCACAGGUGGAAGUCUUUUUGGAAACACUGGUACUUCGACAUUUGGUACAACACAACCGACAGGAUCCUUAUUUGGUGGCUCUACUUUUGGCUCAACACCAGCUACAACUAGUGCAUUUAGCUUUGGUAGUACUACAAACACCACAGCUUCACCUUUUGGCCAAACAUCUACGUCGACCGGCGGAGGUUUGUUCGGUUCAAAUCCAGCAACCAGUACAGGGAGCGUCUUUGGCAAACCAGCAGGAACUAGCUUGUUUGGAGGAACCACAAAUACAACCUUUGGUCAAGCCGCUUCAGGUGGUGGUGGUCUUUUUGGAAGUACGCAGAAGCCUGGCGGGUUAUUUGGUAGCACUACAACCGGUGGCUCAUUGUUUGGAAGUCAACCAGCCCAGCAAGGAACGGGCUUGUUCGGUAGCACCCAACCUGCACAAACUUCCUUAUUCGGUUCAAAUCCUGCAAACCAACAAACAACAACUACUGGUUUUGGUGCAGCGGCUCCUACAACUAUACAGGUACCUGCAGCUGCUCCUAUAGUGCUCGGAUCGGAUGUCAAUCAAGCGCAGGUGCAAAUGGCUUUACUCGAUGCACAAAUAGCAGCUAGUCCUUAUGGGGAUUCUCCGUUGUUGAAGUUAGCCACUGCGAAAGAUACAGAUGACCUGCCAAAUCCAAUAAGUGCUCAAAGACAGCUGAAGUUUUUAGCUGCGAAAAGCGCAGCAUCUUCACCUCUUAACACUUCUAUGACAAACUCGGCUAGUGGUGGAUCAACAUCCUUGAAUGGAUCCUUGAUAAACGUCAAAAGCUCCUUCUUGCCUGUCGUACCGCCAAAGGUUGCUGAUUCCUACAAACCAUCUCCAAGAGUCAGAAGCGCAGUGAUCCCCGGACGAGAUUUGAACUACACUUCACAUGUCGCUCCACCUACUUUGGGUAAAGGAAUACGAACGAAGCCGGUGAAUGGCACAGUAUCUCUGUCAAACAGGAGCCUCAAUGGAAGUCUUAUCAAUAAAACCGUAGACUCGGCCAUCGAAACGUCUCUCACUGGAGGAGCGAAUAGGCCACCAAACUCGGGAAGGCGUGGUAACUUGAAACAUUUGGAUUUAUCGACGGUUGUGCAAGUGAUCAACUCUCGAAGCGGUAUGGAAGGUGAUACCGUGUCUCAAGUACAUGAUCCUGAUGAGUUACCACCCGCAAAUGAGGAAGUGAUAUCUGUGGAGAAUAAUGGCGUUUAUAGCCCGGAAACAGAUCCAAGAGCAGCCGCGCUACAACGUGUGGAAGCUCGUCAAGCACGAGGCGAUGUUCCUCGGCUCAGAUUGGAUGGCAGCGCUUGUGAUGAAUCUCUCGUCUCGAACAAAUCUCCAGCACCUACAUCUACUACGAAAACAGCCACAACAUCGACAACAUCUGUGUCAUCCGAAACGAAUCUAUCAUCACCGAGGGUGGUGACAUCGGUGAAUUCGAAACCGAUAGUGCGCUUAAAUUCUCCCGACUAUUUCACGGAGCCAACUAUCAAUGCUAUGAAGGAAAUGGUUGUCAAUGGUAAAGUUAUCCUUAACAAUGGUUUAACGGUGGGCAGGGCGACCUACGGCAGUGUGUUUUGGCCAGGACGUAUUGAACUGGAAGACGUGACUUUGGAUGAGAUCGUUGUCUUCCGUCACAAGGAGGUGACUGUAUACCCGGAUGAAUCACAAAAGCCACCACUAGGUGAAGGUCUCAAUCGUCCUGCCGAAGUCACACUGGAACGAGUUUGGCAUGUGGAUCGCGCAACCAAAGAAGAAAUAAGGGACCCCAUCAAGCUGAUUGAUCUUGGUUGGCGUGAUCGACUGGAAAAAGUGACGGCACGUAUGGGUGCUACUUUCAAAGACUAUCGCCCUACUACUGGAAGCUGGGUAUUCCGCGUUGAUCACUUCAGCAAAUAUGGACUUCCGGAUGAAGAAGAUGACGAGAAUGCUGCAGUGCUACCGAAUAAGAAGGCGGAUCUUCCACAUGAUGUCUCAGCACACGAGCUUGACGUUUCAAUGGAGGAGCAGCGCGUACAAUCGCGGGUUCAGCGUGCUAAAGUGCUCCAGAUGAAGACUCUCAACGGCGCGGCCAUGGGAGAUCAUGAGCAGAUGGAAUUCGACGCGGACAUCGGUGAGCUGCGCAUGCAUCCACCCACAACAGAUACCAAGAUCAAAGGCCUUGGAGGUAGAAUAGAUGCAGAUUACGACAAUGAAUCUAUGUAUGAUGAUUACGAUAUUGCAAACUGGAGAGAUGAAGUGCCUGAGAAGAAGCCCAAGAUUGAUAUGGAUACCCUGAAUUAUGUUUACGAAGAAAGCAACGAACCUAGGAAUGUGUUCAAGGGCGGCGUUGAGGCAAAGAAGAGCGUCGGUUACAAGAAAAGCAGUGUGAUGAACUUGGCUUGCGCCCGAGGAUCAUCUUGCAGGGUUAGCUGGAGUCAGGGCGGCCAGUUUGCCUUUUCCACCCAACCAUUAGGCAAUGAUGUCCGAAUAUGCGCUCUGCAAUUUGAAAGCAGCGUGCCGGAGCAACUGAUUGUUGAUAUGCUUGAGCAUAAUAUACGUUUAUCUCGUGCCAUCCGUCGUAAUGCAUCAACUAGUGCGAGGAUUCGACACGGUGAGAUUGAGGGUCAGGCGACAGCGCCGCGAGUGAAGCCGACUGAAGAUACGGCAGCACAAUUGCUGGACUCGUAUCUUGCAACUGCUACGCAGAGUAAAUGCUUGUCUCAGCAAAAGGUUUGGAAACUGUGUCAGGCGCUUUUUCCGGCCGAAAAGACAGGCAUUUGGCAAUGGCAACGGACGCAGAAUGUUGGAAUCUGGCUUCGAGAAGAAGUAGCAAACCUGUCGAAGAAAACUUCAGGAAGUGGAGCAUCUCAAGUUUGGUCACUGCUUUGUGUAGGCAAAACUGAAGAUGCAAUUCGUGUUGCCGGUGAGGAGGGUAUGACAAUGCUCUCCUUGAUGAUAUCUGCAACACUUUCAUCUGAACAUGUGGGACGGAAAGAUUGCGCUAAAAUGGUGGAAUGGUGGGAAAUGGAUGGAGAGCUUGGAGUCAUGGAAGAAGAUUUGGUGAAAAUUUACCUCGUCCUAGCAGGAAGAUCGCAUGCGGAGUUUCUUCGCAAAGGAAAGAUGAUUAAACUGAAUUGUCUAGAAGGUCUAGAUUGGCGUCAGGCUUUUGGUAUUCACCUCUGGUAUAUCAAUUGCGGAGGUUUCCUGGAAGAUGCUAUCGACUCUUUCAGCGAUGAUUUAGCCGCAGGAAGAGCAGAAUCACCUGAAUUGCAUGUAUAUGAGCAGUUAAUCCGUUUGGCAUGCUCACCAAGCCAUCAAGUUGAAGCUGUUCUCGACGCAGCGGCAAUGCUGAGCCCAAAUCCGCUAGAUGCACAACUUAGCUGGCAUUUGUGGUCAGUGCUCAGAGCGCUCGGCUACCGUACGAUGACACCAGCUGCAGAACAGCGUCUACAUAUGUCAUAUGCUACUCAGCUGUCAUCGUUGGAGCUCUGGCAUCUGGCAAUUUUUGUUCUUAGCCAUAUUAGUCAUGACCAGUGCCGCUCCGUUGCUAUUCGCGAAGUUCUCGAUCGUAUGUCAUUGACGGCUCGUCCACAACACUAUGAAAAAAUCUUAGCUAUCUGCGAUAUUCCAAAUGAGUGGAUUUCUUCGGCGAAGUUCAUAAAAGCAAAGUCCCAAGGAAAUUUCGAGGCGGCGUGUUCACAUGCUUUGUCUGCCGGUAACUAUGAUGCUGCCUUACAACUGUUUGCUAAUGAAGUAGCGCCGAAUGCAAUCGCCAUGGGUGAUCUACAGCGGUUGCGGCCACUCGCUGACAAGAUGGAGAAAGCUGCUGAUAAGAUUAGGGGUUGGGGAGCUAUUGGACAAGUUUAUGCCGAUUACUGCAUGCUAAAAACAAUGGAUGAUGAGGAGGAUACCGAAGAAAAUGAAGAGAAGUUGCAUCAAUUGAUAGAGUCUAUUUCCACUAGAAUAAAAGCACCUAUCUUCAAAACUCCAAUACAACGAUUAUGCAUGAAAACGAUGGCGCGAGAGCUAUUUGAAAUCCAAAGACUAGCCGGUAGAAUCGAUGUCAACUUGCCACUAAGCACUAGUCAACUGCGACGACUGGCUGCCGUCUAAUUCUGGUGUUUUAAUUGUGACGAAUUGGCUGCCGUAGAACCAAAACUUUUGUGUUAAUCUCUUCACUUUACGAUACUCGUUAUUUGCUUCGUCGUUGUCUUUUAUGUUAUUUCACAUCAUGUGAUAAUCGUGUUUCCUAUGCUUGAUACUUGUCCCCUUCUUUUUCACAUAUCCUAUGCUAUGCUCUCACCAUCUUUGACUAGGAACGUAAAAAUUUUGCUGUUAUGAUUACACUUGUUUCUAUAGUGACAAAUUGUAUGAGUGUAUAUUUUUAUUGUGAAGUUUAAACAAA